CGCAUAUGUCAAACGAAACAAGAAAACCAAGAAAACAAAAUUCGUCCGCCGAUGUGAAACGGGAGUGAAAAAAGAAGUUUUAUGUUGAUCGUGUGCUGCAGAUAUAAAAGAACUGAAAAGCUAAUAUUUAUUUUGAAUAAGUUGCUGUUGUUCAUUUCCCGCGUAUGUUACAAUUGGUUCCAAUCUAAGUGAAAACAAUUUGACCGGUCGUGUCUCCCGCGAGGAUUAUAGUCAGAAAAAAAUUGUCGCUUUUUGUUUGCUGCUGCGAUUGCGGCUUUUUGUCGUGUUCGCGUAGCAGUGUCAGGAGUUUUUGUUUGGUAAUGCCCUUUAAUCGUUAAUUAACUUUCGCGAGGAAUUCAUUUCCAUCUUCUACCAAUAAAAUCGCGCUCUACUUUCCGCAGACGCUUUUUUCAUUGUUUACAAAUUGAAUUCAUCAGCUAUCCGGCUUCCAGCAGUCAUGGAUGUUCAGCAACUUGAGCUUUUGUGUAAGCAAUUCUAUGAGUCCCAAGAUGCACAGGCUAGAGCUGAAGCCGAGAAGGCACUGUAUCUGUUUCAGGAAGAUCCGGAAGCUUUACCGAAAUGCCAGCAGCUCCUGGAUCGAAGUAAUUCCGGUUAUUCCCAACUGUUGGCUGCCACAACGUUGACUAAACUAGUAUCAAAAAACAUACAGACACUCAGCUUGCAGCAACGAGUGGAUAUUAGGAAUUAUAUUUUGAACUACCUUGCGACUCAUCCUAACUUGCAGGCGUUUGUGAUUCAAGCAUUAAUUGCACUAUUGGUUAAGAUCACAAAACUUUGCUGGGUCGAUUUAUACGAGGAUGAAUACAUUUUCCGUAACAUUGUACAAGAUGUGAAAGAGUUUCUUGGUGGUUCCGUAGAGCAUUGCAUGAUUGGAGUGCAAAUCCUGUCCCAACUGACUGUAGAAAUGAAUCAGCUUGCAGAAACGGCUUGCAAUUUAACUUUUACCAAGCAUCGGAAAAUCGCUUGCCUCUACAGAGAUUCACAAUUAUACGACAUUUUCAUUUUGUCCUGCACCUUGCUCAGUCAAGCAAAGGAAAAUUGCUGCAAAAAUGCCAACUAUAUGGAUGAAGCCCAACACGGAUUGUUUACGCAUUUGCUCAGUCUAGCGAGGAAUUGUCUCAGCUUCGACUUUGUCGGAACUUCCGCGGAUGAAUCUGCUGAUGAUAUGUCCACCGUACAUAUACCAACAAACUGGCGGCCAGCCUUUCUGGAAUCCGAUUCAGUAAAGCUCUUCUUCGAUCUCUAUCAUGUGUUGCCCGUUCGUCUGUCCGGUUUAGCCCUGUCAUGUCUGGUUCAGAUCACCUCUAUUCGAAGAUCUAUUUUUAACAAUUCUGAACGCAUUAAAUUCCUUGCUAAGCUCGUAAAAGGCGCCACGGACAUCCUGAAAACUUCACAUGGCCUCAGUGAUCCAGAAAAUUAUCAUGAGUUUUGUCGACUGCUUGCACGGCUUAAAUCAAAUUUUCAACUUGGCGAAUUAGUAACCGUUGAGAACUACCCGGAAGCCAUUCAAUUGAUCGCUAAAUUUACGGUUCAAUCUCUGCAGAUGUGGCAAUUCGCCCCAAACAGUAUCCACUAUCUGUUGUCGUUGUGGCAACGUUUGAUAGCCUCGCUACCGUACGUAAAAUCAUCCGAGCCGCAUUUCCUCGAUACCUAUACGCCGGAAGUUACUAAGGCUUAUGUAACAUCGAAGCUAGAAGCAGUUCCAGUUAUAUUGCGCGAAGGACUUGAGGACCCACUGGAUGAUACGGGAAUGGUUCAGCAGCAGCUAGAACAGUUUUCCACAAUAGGUCGCUGUGAAUACGAGAAAACCUGCGCUUUACUAAUUCAAUUGUUCGAUCAGACUGCCGGACGUUAUCAGGAAAUCCUAUCCACUCCGGCGGCUGCUGUCAGUAACCAUCUGGAUAUACAAGUUUGCGAAGGACAGUUAACAUGGUUGGUUUACAUCAUUGGAGCGGCUAUAAGCGGGCGAAUUUCCUACUCACAUGACGAUCACGAUCUCUUGGAUGGCGACAUGAUUAUCCGAGUGCUGCAGUUGAUGACUUUGACAGACUCUCGACUACCCCAGUGUGGAUGCGAGAAGUUAGAGUUCGCCAUAAUGUGCUUCCUCGAACAAGUUCGAAAAGUUUACAUCAACGAGCACCUGCAGAAACUAAAGAUGUUCAAGAGGUUAAGCGAGGUACUCGGUGUUAAUGAUGAGACAACGCUGUUAACCGUUAUCAGUCGAAAGAUAAUCACUAACCUGAAGUAUUUUGGUCAUUCAGAGCAAAUCAUACGGAAAACACUCACUCUGCUGAAUGAUUUGACGCUAACCUUCAGCUCAAUCCGACGGCUGAUCAAACUGGAUGAGAUUAAAUUUAUGCUGAACAAUCAUACGCGUGAACAUUUCUCGUUUCUCGGUACUGGUGCCGUCAGCGCGUCACGUUGCCGUAGCAUGUUUUACACAUGCCUCGGCCGGCUGCUGAUGGUCGAUCUUUCGGAAGAUGUGGAACGUUUCAACACAUUCAUGAUGCCAUUGACGAACACCAUCGAGAAUAUGAUUAUGAUGAGUUUCCCCAGCGAGGAGGCCCGCAAGGAGUUGAUUGGACUGUCCCGGGACCUUCGGGGGCUGACGCACGCAUUCAACUCGAAGGCCCCGUACAUGAUGCUGUUCGACUGGAUAUAUCCGGACUAUUCACCUAUUUUGAUUCGUGCCAUGGAACUAUGGGCGCAUGAUCCGGCGGUGACUACUCCGGUAUUGAAGUUGUUCGCAGAAUUAGUUUACAAUCGCUCUCAGCGGCUGCAGUUCGAUGUUUCCAGUCCUAAUGCAAUACUGCUAUUCAGGGAAACUUCCAAGCUUAUCUGCUGUUACGGUGAACGAAUUUUAUCUUUGGAGGUACCUAAAGAGCAGAUUUACCCGAUGAAGCUGAAGGGUUACGCAGUCUGCUUCCAAAUGUUGAAGGCCAUUCUUAGCGGAAACUAUGUAAACUUUGGCGUAUUCAAGCUGUACGGAGAUGACGCGUUGGACAAUGUGUUAAAUAUGACUGCCAAAUUGAUCCUCUCGAUUUCCCACGAGGACAUUUUGGUGUAUCCCAAAUUAUCGCAAGCAUACUAUAUUCUGAUUGAGUGUCUCGCUCAGGAUCACAUCACUUACCUUUCCACGUUGGAACCACCCGUUUUUCUAUAUAUCCUCGAGAGUAUAUCGAAGGGUCUAAACGCGUUAGAUGUGAUGGUGGGUUCCGGAUGUUGCUCGACGUUAGACUCUAUCGUGACCUACAUUUUCAAACAGCUUCAGCUGAAAGAAAAGCACAUGCUGCUGGUAACGACAUUCCCAAACAAAAAGCUUCGCCAAAAUGUCUUGCCUGAAAAUAACGUGUUCCUGAAGGUGAUGGAAAUGCAUCCGGAGAUCCUGCAAAAUCUUCUCUCCACGCUGCUAAAUAUUGUAAUGUACGACGACUGCAAAAAUCAGUGGUCGAUGUCGCGACCGCUGCUGGUACUAAUACUGCUGUACGAGGAUUACUUCAGACAAUUGCGAGAAAACAUAAUUCACUCACAAUCGAUCGAGAAGCAACAAUCGAUGGUAUGUCUUUUUGACGCACUAAUGGAUGGUAUCGAGAGGAAUCUGCACGUUCGGAAUCGUGACCGAUUUACGCAGAACCUGUCGGCGUUCCGCCGGGACCUUAAUGAUUCCUUUAAAUCGGCCAACAGUUUGGUUAACAACUCAUCGGUGAACGAAAUGGUAGUUUCCUAGUAAACUUAACACGAUUUUUACGUCCCACUUCCCAUCCUCGCCUUUGUUAUACAUGUGUGUGCGAUUGUUUUUGUCAAGAAACGCGAGUUUAGAUCUGAAUUGUGUACCGUUUAAUCUGGUUGAAUGUCGAUUUGAACAAGAUUUAGUGAGUCCUUAAUGAUUGCUUGCGAAAUCAUUUUCGGAAAAGAUAUACGAUGAAAAUGACAAAUAGAAUACAUUUCCUGCUGUAUUUUUUAACAUAACCGGGUGAUUGUAUCAUUGUAACAGUUUUUGUUUUCAGAAGUUUUUAUUUUUGACGUAGGACUACGUCUUCCGAAAGGUGUAAAUCUAUAAUUUAAACUCGUACAAGUUGCAAUUUGUGUAAGAUGCUAAUUAUUAGUAGCUCGACCAUAUUUUCGUAGUUUAUGCACGAAUCGAUCUAUUUUAAUGGGGUUUGUUGUUAUCUAUAAAACAAGAAAUUGUUUGUCAGCAGUUAUUAUUUUUCAAAGCGCUGAUGCAAAUGUGAAUUUUACAAGAGCCUACAAUUUGUUAUUUCGUUAUGUAUUAUCAUCACUACCGACAGGUUACCACAAGCGGGUCAAACAACUAGACUCGAAUUUCUACAAGAAAUAGUUUUCUUUCUAGAUAACACUGGUAAACAUAAAAUGGAACUGGAAAAAAUGAAAGAUCAUAGCCUUUAAACCAGUUCUGAGAAUUUUGGUGCCUGUUUGGCACUGCCUGUAUAAGACUUAUAUGAGUUUUCCCGUAAUCCAACAUAGAAACAACGAACCCGGCGAGCGAUUACUCUGCGGCAGUUCGACGCACUUCUGCAUUUACUAGGGGUUUAAAAACUCGCAGGAAUGAUGUGAUAUAAUGAUAAAUUUAAGCUUUUGGAUUUCCGGCAUAUUUAAAUCAGUGCAGAGCGCUUGUAAUCUUACAUGUGGUGUUUUUUAUGAAUAAUUUCACUAACAUGUGCUGUUCGAUGAGCCAAAUCUCAUUUCGGUAGCUAAUUAUUGGCUCUUAUUCUUGUCUUCGUAUCAAUCGUAUUCGUACGAAAGUGUAAAAAAAUCGCAUUGCUUUUUUCGGGUGGAUCAUUUCGAAUGGUCAUUCGAAAAUGAGAAUGGCAUUUUACAGUUUCACAGUACAUUUAAAUCGUUUCAUUCAUACGAAUAUCCGAUAGGUUGAACACGAGAAUAAGAGUGGAUAUUUGACAUCAUAACAGCUUACUUUACUGAAGGUAACAAAAUUAAUUCAAUAUCAACUAAGGAUGUAAUGCAAAAACAUAGUCCUACGUCAAGCAUUUGGGAGUGUCAGAGACACGACCCUUUUAUUUAUUUUUUUUUUUCAAUUUUUUCGGCAAACAACUGGUUACUAAACAGUAAAUGAUCAUUUUAACAUCACUUGCAUGCUUAUCAUACGUUCCAUGUGUUUUUGUGUAUUUGAAAAAGUAAACAAGCAAUAGUUGAAAUUUGGUUCCGAUUGCACAUUGAGCUAUCACUUCACUAAUCAUCACUAAUAAACAGUUCAUUUCCAAUUUGAAACUCAAGUGAAUCCCUAGUAUCUUCCCACUAUUUUACUUUCUCUUUUUUCUCCUCAACAGUUUGACUAAACAUGUUCCUUGUUCUCGCGGAGGAGGUAAAUGAAGCACUUACUGUUGGCUGCUUUUCGUGGUCCGCACUUCCUAUGUUCAAAUUUUGUUUUUCCGAAUCGGAAUCGUUUAGUUUUUCAAUUUAUCGCUCCAAAUCAACAAUACAAAACAAGAUGAAGUGAAUGAGAUGAUGUGACUAGGAAACGCUACACAGAAUACAUGAAAUGAAAGCAUUCGAUCGUUUGAGAAAAUAUCCUCACAUUCUUCCCAAUGUUAUUUUAAUUUGUUUUCACAGCUAGAUUCAUGCAUAUAUUUAUAGUACUUUAAUGGCUCAAGUGGAAGACUAAGCCAAAGUUUUUUUUAAUCUUUCGAAAAACAAAAGAAUAGUUCGUUGUUAUAAACAAAGAGAAAAUCAACUUUAUGUAGCUGCUGCAAACAAAACAACAAGUCCGUAAAUUUUAGCACGUAAGAUAAGCAGCAAACAUUUGAUGUAAUCACUUGUAGAGAAAGAAAAAUAAGUCCCCUGCUUGUAGGAUGGAAUUUUCUAUUACUGAGACGUGUUUGAACUUAGAUAACAGAGCGUUAAGGAAGUGUGUAUUAUGCAAGCAAACUUUUUUGUGCGUUAUAUGAUAUACACUUAACACAAAACAAAAUUUUUUUGAUAAGUAUGAGAGAAAGAUUAAGGCAAAGAAACCAAUAAAAAAUAUUAUUGCUAACGGGAGUAUUGCGUUUACAAGGAUAGCUGUUGUAAUAUCUUAAACGAAACGAAGAAAAAAAGUGCAGGAAACAAAUAGAAACUAUUAAACAAACCGCAGAAUUGUGUGGAAAUUAAAAAACCGAUAUUAGAUUUUUUA